GCAAAGCGGAAAUGCAGCGGAAGUCGGUGAUGUUCAUGCGGAGCUGCAGAAUCAGAGACGGUGUUCGCGGGUCUCUGCUGGGCUCGUGAUGGGGAAAUAUUUCUUCAGUGAGACGGAGAUUAAGAACUCAUGGGACCUUGUGUUGACGGCCUUCUGGCAGAGAUACCCAAACCCAUUCAGCUCUCAUGUCCUGACGGAGGACGUGUUGUUUCGCAAAGUGACGUCAGAAAACCUCCUGGUGUCUCGAAGACUCUUCACUAAAACCAAUCGUCUCCCUCGCUGGGCCGAGCGGAUCUUCCCUGGCAGACGCUCCGUUUAUAUCAUCGAGGACUCCGUGGUCGACCUCUCCAACCGGAGCCUCACCACCAUGACCUGGAACGUAAAUCACGCCAAAUUAAUGCGUGUGGUGGAGCGGUGUGUGUUUACUGGCGAGCAGGACAGACCUGUGUGGACACACAUAACCAGGCAAGCCUGGAUCUCAUCUGGAGUCUUCGGCCUUUCCAGACCCAUACAGGAGUUUGGUUUGGCCAGAUUCAGGAGUAAUCAGCUGAAAGCCAUGAAGGGUUUGGAGCACGCCAUAUCAAAUCUGCAGAAAGCAUCGUCCUCCUGUCAUGGAGAAUCUGCAGAGAAACCCAAAAAUGUGAAUCCAGCCGCAAAAAACGCCCAGAAACCUCAGCAAUACAUAUGAAUCAGGACCAGACACAACCUGUGGAUCUUUCUGGGUAUUCCUGCGCAUAGUUCUAUUCAAAAAAAUUAACUUAAUUAAUGCAGAAUAAAUUAGAAAAAAACACAAAACAUAUGCAGAAAAACAAAUAAAUAACUUGACUUUUAGGGAAUUUUUACAAUCCAAAUCCAAUUAGAAGCAGUUGUUUGGUAAAUGCAUCGCUAUUUAAACAUGUUUGUACUGUAAGUCAUAUCGAGGAAGAAUUUACAUAAGAUUUAGUGAUGAAAUGAAAUGCUUACUGGGAUUAAUCCUGGGGAGUGAGUUUGUCUCACGGCUGCUAAUAGUAAAGCUCAGGUAAAACUGAAGAGGAGGAGAGUGUUUACACCACAGACAUGAACUCAAACUUUUUUCUUUGCACUUUUGAAAAUUUUUGAAAACACACGGUUCACACAGAUUGAUCAGAAAUGUUGUUGAAAAUGUUGUUUUGGUUGUUUAAAUGGGCCGAAUUCAGGAAAAUCAUCAGAAAAAAUUUAUUCAAA